CAUCGUUCCCUCCUGGAGCUUUCAGGCCCCCAAAUGGCUUGCGCCAUGCGUUUCCCGCAAUUGACCAGAUUCAGCCCCAUGUCCCGCUCAUUAGUGUACAGUAUGUAAUACUUAUUUGCUUAGCUAUGCCUCGCGCACAGGCGCGACACCAAUCGAUGUUUCUUCAACUGUUUGCUGCCACCACGUCGUUGUUUGCUUUCCUUUGCUGGCCAGACUUAAGACAUCUCGUGGGCUACCAAUGUCCACGGAGAACUUACAGUGCAUUCUAGCGCAGGAAUGGCGUUCCUUCACACACGCUCGCAGUCUGAUCCCCCGCCGAUCAUGGUGGAAGACACAGCUACGGGAGCUGAACCGCAGCUUUCGCCGUCACCAACAACUAGGCCAGAGAAAUCGAAAACCUUCAGCACCGUCGACGAACGCCCGAAACCCAAACAGAACGACUCCUUCACCGGAGCGUACCUUCGCGACCGGCGGCAGAGCACAUGGGAGAAGGGCCACCGGCGCCACCGCAGCCCCAACAUCGGAUGGCACGAGAAGUGGACAAAAGACAGCUGGAAGAAAGGCCGCGUCCUGCUCGUAGACUACGUUGCGAAGGAACACAGUGGGGAGGGCAGGAGGAAGAUCGUAGCGCAGGAGUUCUCGGACGUAGAUAGCCUGAAAAGGUACUACAAGAACGAGGCACUCUCACAGCAGGCGGCGCUGCGCGUCAUUCAUGUGCAGAACGCGAGUUGGGCGACGCAGUUCUUCCUCCAAAAGUUUAAUAUCGAUGCGACCGAUGAUCUGGUGGGCACAAAUUUUGGGCGGUGGGCGAAGUACGAGAAGCCACAGAAAAGAGGAGGGAAGCCUGUGUUGAAUGGGAAGACGUUCCGCGCGACACGAGAUCCCUGGCGAGGAAUCAGCAGAGCAGCCUUUGGCCUCGACUACCUACGGCAUUAUGAGAAGCACAAGUGUCAGGAUUCGACCAAUGGGAUGAAGAUGAUGGAGUUAAACCAUUACGAUGCGCUGGAUCAGCCGACGUACGGCUUCGACGUGUAUGUGCAGCGGCUGUCGGUGUACGUCCAGUUGGACGAUGGAGAGGCCGGAGAGCUCGACGAUCCGGACAUUCGCAAUCCAUAUGAUGAGGACCAGUAUCAAGAGUUCCAACGGCUGAAGAGGCAGUAUGCGUCAAUCGAUGCAAAUGGGCAGGAGCAAUACCUACCAGAGCAUUACAUACCGAAGCUGCAAACGCUCGAUAACGGCAGCACGAUCAUAGUUUUCGAGAAUUCGCAAUCUGGAUCGGUCCAAGAUACGCUGAUUGGAGCACGGCAGGAGAUCGAGGCUCGCUGGAGACGGCUUACCUUCUACUUGCCGAAAGAGGAGGUGAAGAACGACGAAAGGCUGGCCACUGAGUGCAUGGACUUAGUCCUGCGAGACAUAUUCAAAGCGCUAGCCUUUAAUUGGGAGAAGUACAUCAAUAUCUGCGAAACGCACGUGGGCAUUCUAGAAGAUAAAAUCUAUGAUCAUCCCGCCGACGAGAGUCGAGCACCGGAACUCUGGACCAACUCAUCUCUCUGGCUCAAGGUGGAGCGUCUCAUGUACCUUCACACAGACGUCAUAAAAGAGAUGCGCAACCACCUUCAUGACCUCGCGGACGACCUAGCGGGCGACAGGCCAUGGCUAGGCUCUGCGGCAGAGGAGAUGGACAAACUAACCACGCAAUUCGAAGAAGGCGUGGUGAAGCCCACCACCAACCUCUCCGACCUAAUGUACAAAUCCGUCGGCAUCCGCGACGCGCGGCACUCCCUGCAGCUCGGCCUGAGCAUGUGGCGCCUAAGCUGGAUAACCUUCAUCUUCCUCCCGCUAACCUUUGUGUGCGGCUUUUUCGGCAUGAACGUCGACACCUUCCAAAACGAGCCCAGCAUAAAAUGGUGGUUCGUCGCAACGGUUCCGCUCUUUGUUGUCGUCAUCAUCGGCUGGUAUGGCAUCAAGCAUUCCCUCGCUUCUCAGCGACAAGAUCCGCUCCGCCGCGGUGUGUACGAGAAUCUGUAUUACGAUCUCGCAAGCAAGCAUCCUUCGCUGUGGAGUCGCCGUGGCCCCCGGCCUGGUAUUAUACCCGUGGGAUGGUGGGCGGGCGUCAAGUGGCGCCUACUCACCAAAUGGUUCGAUGCAGAGCGCACCAUUCUAGCGAAGGGCUACGACCCCGGCGACGAAGAGCUCGGCGUCUGGUCGCGCGUGAAACAAUCCCUCGUGCGCCGCUGGCUCGCCAACAUCACCGUCAUGCCCCAAACGACCGGCGCCUCGUCCGAACCCGACCUAGAGGCCGCGCGCAAAGAGGGCGAUGUAGGCGCCGUCCAAGAACUCGUACACCUCGCGACGCCCAUAGCCCUCGCGGAUGGCGAUCCCACGGCGGCUAGCAGACUGCGGAAGCGCACGCCGCUGGAGAGGCUGAGGAGUCUGAGCCCGACGCGGAGCGAGGGGGAUAGGCCGAACAGUGCGGUUAGCGGGAGGUCGAGUGCCGAUGCGGCGAGUGGGAUUAUGGUGGAGGAGAAGAGCGAGGAUGAGAGGAGUGGGGAUGAGGGUGGGGAAGAGACGAGGGCGAGGGAGAGCACGUUCGCGGAGCGGUUGAAUGUGCCGCUGUAUCCUGGGGGCGCUGGCAUCGUUGCGGGAGGACUGUGAGUGUGAAGAGGGUUGAGGUGGAUGUAUGUGUAUUGAAUGAAUGAUGUAUUAUUUAUGGUAUAUG